CGGAAUUCCACACGAACCCGCUUCACCGCUCACAGUCAGGUGCUGCUACGGCCGAGAAGCCGAUCCCACAUAAGAUUGGCCAAAAAUCCGGGACACUUGCCGUCUGGACCCAACAGCCAAUCACGACCCAGUAUUGGCCGAAUGCUGGUUGCCAAUGGCGCAUCCAGAACGCGUCGGAAUUCCCAGAAAUUUGUUUCGGCUUACGCUACACAUACGAAGAGCUAUACAAGUGUUGUUGACUUCGUUUUCGGUGUUACUAUUCUUUGUGUACCUUUGGUGGCUGUUUUGCCGUGGACACUAGCUUGGGAGGCUCAGGCUGAGAAC